AUGGCAACGAGCGCAACGGAUACCGUGGUGCAACCUCAAGAGAAGGGAGUAGAGAUACCCGAGUGGGAGAAUGCGGCGGUGAACACUGGGAGCGGCGCGAAGGCUGCGCGGUCGAAGCGAUCGUUCAGGCUCGACUCGAUAAUGCCUGCUCAUAAACGCUAUCUUGGUAUGAGUCGGAAGGUGUUAUUGAUUGUGUUGCUUGCCGCACUGCUCGCACUGCUCGCGCUCAUCAUUGGACUGGCUGCGGGCUUGUCGAACAAGCACUCGAAACACAGCGACCUCCCGCUCCCAUCGAACACACAAACCUUCGUCGGCGACUUCACAUACUAUGGUACUGGUCUAGGCGCCUGCGGCGAAACCAGCACGGAUAACGACAACAUCGUUUCCAUAUCCCACAUCGUCUUCGACGCCGCAGGCUCCAGUUCCAGCACAGGUGGAAAUAGUAAUGCGAAUCCGUUGUGCGGGAGAAUGCUUCGAGCUUCGCGGUUCGACGAGGAGUACGGCCAGACCAGAAGUAUUGAUCUCAAGGUAGUGGAUCGAUGUACAGGCUGUCAACCAGAUGACUUAGAUACCUCGCUGGGAGCAUUCACACAGCUUGCGCCACAGGCUUCGGGUAGGGUAGAUAUCACUUGGGCUUGGUUGCAGCCGGUGCAGACGGGGAGCUGA